UUGGUAAGUAAGGUGAACUUGACGAGUGGUUCAAAGCCGCAACAUCGCUGCCUGCUACCUACCGCCGCCUCCUCUGAGGAUCCUUUUAAGGAGAAGACGUUCGAUUGCAUCACAAUUACAACACAUUUGACGACUUUUCAUUAGGGCUUCGCUGUGUCUAUUUGGUGUCAAGUGAGAGAAAGGUGACAAGCUAACGGACGCUUGGUGCAAUCCGCCGGACGGACGCUCUUCGCUCCGCGAUGCCUGAUAUUUACUAUGAUUCACCCGCCGAUGUCGUAGUUGGCGCGGCAAUGCACCACGACGGCGAGCGAUUAUCUGCAGGUGGAUGGCCAACCUGACGCAAAGCCUCUGCAAAAUCAAAAGCUCAGAAGCGCCGCCGGACAUUUUUAAAACCGAAUCAUGCUUCCAGGCGUAGGCGUGUUCGGCACCAGCCUAACCGCCAGGGUGAUCAUCCCCCUAUUGAAAAAUGAGGGAUUCGCCGUCAAAGCCCUUUGGGGCCGCACGCAGGAAGAGGCGGAGGAGCUGGCCAAGGAGAUGGACGUCCCGUUUUACACCAACCGGAUCGACGACGUGCUGCUCCACCAGGACGUGGAUCUGGUUUGCAUCAACCUGCCUCCGCCUCUGACGCGGCAGAUCGCCGUCAAAACCUUGGGUAUCGGAAAGAACGUGAUUUGCGAUAGGACGGCCACGCCGUUGGAUGCCUUCCGAAUGAUGUCCGCCGCCCAGUACUACCCUAAGUUGCUGAGCAUUAUGGGAAACGUCCUCCGCUUCUUGCCAGCCUUUGUUCGAAUGAAGGAGCUGUUGGAGGAAGGCUACAUCGGGGAGCUUCUGGUUUGCGAGGCGCAGGUCCACAGCGGCAGCCUACUCGGGAAGAAAUACAACUGGAGCUGUGAUGACCUCAUGGGCGGCGGCGGCCUGCACUCGGUCGGCAGUUACAUCAUCGACCUGCUCACGUUCCUGACGGGCCAACGCGCAGCAAAAGUCCACGGCUUCCUCAAGACCUUCGUCAAACAGACGGAUCACAUCCGAGGCAUCCGGCAGAUCACCAGCGAUGACUUCUGCACCUUCCAGAUGGUGCUGGAAGGAGGGGCCUGCUGCACCGUCACCCUCAACUUCAACGUCCCCGGAGAAUUCCGACAAGAAGUGAUCAUCGUCGGAACCGUGGGGAGGUUAUCGGUCCUGGGGACCGACUUGUACGGGCAGAAGAACAAUGGUGGAGGAGGGAGCGGGGCGGGCCCCGAACUUCUCCUCAAAGACACGACACCUCUCGAAAAGGCUUCGUUACCCGACAAAGCCUUUAGUGACAUCCCUUCUCCAUACCUGACCGGAAUGAUCCGAAUGAUCCAGGCCGUUCGUCAGGCCUUUCAGGACCAGGACGAUCGACGGACGUGGGACGGCAGGCCUCUGACCAUGGCGGCCACCUUUGAGGAUUGUCUGUAUGCUCUCUGCGUGGUGGACACCAUCAAGAAAUCCAACCAAUGCGGGGAGUGGCAGAACAUUGCGGUGAUGACCGAGGAACCGGAAGUCAGCCCGGCUUAUUUAAUCAGCGAGGCCAUGCGUCGGAGUCGGAUGUCGCUCUACUGUUAGGAUCCAUCUCUGUCCAAUCCGUAUAGUUGCUUUGCCCGGCCGGAUCAACUCCGACGAGAGUGUUUCCGCCUUUGCCUGGGCACACAAAGAUAAACAGUUCUUUUGUGAUCAAAUCUUGAUUCAUGCGAGAGGGCCCGUCUUUGAUCCGAAUACUGCUACUGUGUCAUCCAUUACCAAAGGGGUAUCGCGCUUGGAAAAUAACGAGGCACACUUGUGACAUUUUGUGAGAACAGCCAAGGAAGGACGACUGAUAGCCUGACAGAUACAAGCGAAGCGGUGCUGUAAUGUUGCUACUUUCAAGGUUUACCAUGUGAAUGUGCUUCAGGCGGCUUCUCGCUGUCUGUGUUCUAUGCUUCCUUUGUUUGGGUGACGCAAGACAGGGAAGAAUCAAUAGUUGGGCCGGCGGCUAUUCGACUGAGCUUUAACCUCCAUGUUGCUCGUUGCAAGAUGUCGUCUUCGAGUUUUUGGCCGGAUUUACAAUGCAGAUCGAAAUGCCCAAUCCUAUAUAUCGUGCCUGAAUACGAUUUGUCUUUUUUUUUGUGAUGAAGAUGUGAUCGCACUGUGUUUAUAGUUGCUGGUUCAAAUUUAGGAGAAAAAAAAAUUCCAUAGCAAAUAAUGAAAAUUCAAUCAAUUUCUUUCGGGAUUCACCGUACAAGUUUUAUUGACGUACUGUGAACUUGCGUUACCCAGGGAACGAAUUCCAGUUCCACAUUUGGCAUUAUUUAACUUUUUUUUUUUGUGUGCAACUGAACGCAAAGUGUAUUUCUUUCUGAAAUUUGAGUUUACAUUGGAUACAUUGCUCCACAUUCGAGGUUCCACUGUGUUUUGAAUUCAACGAUUAAUACGCCGCAAGAAAGUAUCAUUGUGCGGUUUUGAAUGCGAGCUGGUCAAUAAGGAAAAAAAAAUUUCACACUGUUGCACUGAAGUACAGUAGCGUUAUGGUACUGCCUGGUGGAUCGGGAGUUAGGUUCAUGGUCAAGUACACUGGUUUGUGCAUUGUAUUCAAUUUGCUCUGCUACCUUGUCUUCCGAAGAAAUGUGAACGGCAAAAUUGUUUUUGGGAGCUCCAUAAGCAUUGCUUCAUGCGAUUCAUUGGCUUGGAAUAAUGUCUCAGGACUCUUUCCCCAUCAACCAAGAUGACCGAGACGUCACUGACUGGCAGUCUUCCAAUGAAAAUGUUCUUUGCAACAAAAAUCUCUUGUAGCACAGACAAAAUUAACGACACAGACUUGAUGAGGUGAGUGUGAAGACUUCUGUCGAAUGUGUGACUCGUAUUACUGAUCAAACGGCGCUUGAAGCAGUCGAGGCAAAAUGCACAAGGUGGCAUUUAACCAUUUUACCAAACAGUCUUAUUUGUGCUCUUUAAUUGUUCUGUAAAAAGGCCCAAAUUCUUACAAAAUGGUUUCCUAUUUGAUUCAAGACGGUUGAUGCUGCUGAAAAUUGCACACAUGUCUUGACCCCUUAAAAAAAAAAAAAAUCAAGAUAUGUGUGCAUGUGCGUGUGGUUUUUGUAUCGGGGCUUUACUGCCCUCGUUUCUAUGAUGUGAUCAAGCAGACUGCACAUUUUCACUUUUACUUUUCAAAUAAGAACGUACGGAAGUCUUAAUAUUUCUCCAUGCCACUCCAUGUAUGAGUAUACAGUUGGGUUAUUUUUAGGAAUUCCAAUUUAAGAUUGAACAGUCUAAGUCAUGUGACAUUCAGCCUGUAUAAUAAUGUAAAAUGUAAAGCUUUCUAUCAACAGAUAUACUGGAUUGGACAUUUUGGGGAUUUUAUUUUUAUUUAUUUUUUGAAACAAAGAUUGCAGGAUGGUUUCUUGUUGAAAUGUGACUCAUCUAAAACUUACCAAAACAUCAACCAAACUAUGAAGCAUCUUUUUUUUUUACUCACAAACUGAAAAUGUUACUUUUUUUAUUCAACUCGCUUCCUCUGUGGUUUCAUUUUCUUAAAAUGACAUUUUUAGCUGUGUGUGUGCAAAUGGUUAUAUUGUCAAAGGAACAAUGCUGUCUAAAUUAAGACAGACUUUAUGUAUUUUAUUUGUUAAAACAAAAAAAAUGAAAGUAAGCUUGUUUUCACGAGUAUUGCCAGGUAUUUAUUGUUUGUUUGCUGUAUGCUGCUGAAAAUUCAUGGAUCGCCAUGCAGUGUACAGGAUGUGGGACAGUAUGAGCUGGGCCCUAUAUUUCCCGUCUCUCAAAUAGAAUUGUUUGAAACAC